UUAUGCAAGGCCCUCCUGACACACCGUAUAAGAAAGGCGUGUUUGAGCUGUACUGCCAGUUUGGUCCUGACUACCCAGCCAAGCCUCCACUCGUCCGCUUUGUCACAUCCGUGUACCACUGCAAUGUCAACAGUGUGGGUCGCAUCUGCCACAACAUAUUUGACCGCAACUACAACGCCCACAUCACCAUGAGAGAGAUCCUAGACGCUGUGUACGGACUGCUGAUCAUCCCUGAGCCUGAGGAUCCACUGGACAGCAUUUUGGCUGAAGAAUUCCUGACGAGCCUUGAGACGUAUCAACGAGAAGUUGAGAAACACACAGACGAAACUGCAGGAAAGUCACUGGAUGACAUGGAGAAAAACCUGGUGGAGCCUGUUCCACAGUUUAUACCCCAACAUCUGAUCUGUCCACUCACCAAGAAGAUGUUUGUUGAUCCUGUGAAAACGGUGUAUGGCACAGUGUAUGAACGCAAGGCCAUUGAGGAACACCUGAAGCAACACCAGUACGAUCCGUCAGCUGGCCCAGGAAAUGAGCUUGAAAUGAAAGACAUCAGAGCCGACCAGGACAUGAAGAAAAUGGUGAUGGAUCAUCGCACUCGGCAAAUUAACGUCUAAGUAACAACUGUGAAUAUUUACAUCGGGUUCACAAAUAGAAGGAAAUAAACCAGCUAUUCCUUUUAUUGAUACAACUUGCUCAGAUUACAUUACCUUUUACUUCUGAUUUAUAAUCAUAUACUAUACGUUUUUCAUUUUUCUCUAUUGAGAUAUGUGUGUUUGGGGUUAUGUUUACUGAGAUAUUUUGAUGUGCUGGUUAGUCUGACACGAAAAAUAUUUUUAUGCAAUGAUGUCGUAGUCAAAACGUUAUAAGUGAAAAGGAGCAACUAAUACCAUUUUGCAAGAAUAUUCAAGGUUUUUUCUCAAAGUGAUUUAAAGCAGGAAAUGGUUGUCAGCCUUCAAAUAGUUCCUAUUUCUCAUGUAAAGCAAUUAAAGAUGGUAUGUAUUCAAGUUGUUUUGCAUUUUACAGUUUAUGAAGUUUAUGAACUGUCAAAAACAAACUAUUUUGGGUUGAUAUAACACAAUGGUACAGAGAAGGAAAAAUAUUAAUUUAAAUAAGAAAUAAUGUAAGGAUAAAUCAGCUUUAAUAGUAUACAAUUAUUAUUUUAAAAAGGACUUUAUUCUUAAAAGAGUUUGACAAUUUUGUGUAAUGAUUUUAAAUUGUUAUAGUGUUUGAAUGUUCUUGGGAAAUUGGGGGUAACUUGUUCAUGUUCAAAUUGUAUAAUAGUUUUGCUCACAAAAUGUUGGAUUUAUGAUUAUAUUGCUGGAAGAUAGAAAUGCAACAUCUACUAUUGGAAAAACAGUUGGAAAAAUAACUCCUAUAACUGGACUGACAAUUUAACUCUCAUCUAAACAAUACAAGAGAGUAUUGGAGAAACAAAACAACACAGAAUAAACGAAUAUACAAAAGUU